ACAUCUAACCCAAAUAUCUCUAGUUUACGCAUUAUCUCAUAAUAAGUAUUUUAAUAAUCACUUAAAUAAUGCACACACGAUUCUCCCCGACACACUUUGCUCAAUCCCUUUCCUAUCUUUGCAGAUCAACCCAACUCCAAUAACCUUAAAUUUAUAUAUUCUCCAUCAAUUACUCAAAAAGUUUCAAUCUUGACAACAACCCAUUAAUCUUGCUUACAGGUUCUGUUAUGGGUCUUCAAAAUUUAUUAAAAUUGUGGGGUUAGUUUGUUGUCUUGGUGAACAUGGGGGUUUUAUCUUUUUGUCCCCCAAACUGAUUGCACCUUUUUAAUUGUGUGUGUUUGAGAUCUUGUAGUAUGGGUCUCUGCCAUUAAAGCUGAAGUCAAGUUUUUUUAUGUUGCUGAGUUGAUCUUGUUUGUGGGUUUGUUUAUUUAUGUUUGGAUUGUGUUGAUAGAGUUUUGCCUAUAAGGUGUUUGAUAAAAGUCCUCAAGAGAGUAUGGGAUCUGGAAAUGAGUUUUUUUCAACUGGUGAGUUUUGUUUGGAAGCUAAGUGGUUGAUUGAUCCUAAGCUUCUGUUUGUUGGUCCAAAGAUUGGAGAGGGUGCACAUGCUAAAGUAUAUGAGGGCAAAUAUAAAAACAAGAUUGUUGCCAUUAAACUUGUGAAUAAAGGCGACACGCCUGAGGAGAUAGCGAAGACAGAAGGGCGUUUCGUGCGAGAAGUAGCAAUGUUAUCAAAAGUGCAACACAAGAAUUUAGUAAAGUUUAUCGGAGCCUGCAAGGACCCUGUGAUGGUCAUAGUAACCGAGCUUCUUACCGGUGGAACUUUAAGAAAAUACUUGGUGAAUAUGAGGCCGAACGGGUUGGAUACACAUGUUGCUAUAGGGUUUGCACUUGAUAUUGCGCGUGCAAUGGAGUGUUUACACUCGCAUGGAAUAAUUCACCGGGACUUAAAACCAGAAAACUUGCUGCUUACAGCCGAUCACAAAUCAGUUAAACUUGCCGAUUUUGGUUUGGCAAGAGAAGAAUCGUUAACAGAGAUGAUGACUGCAGAAACCGGAACCUAUCGAUGGAUGGCUCCAGAGCUUUACAGCACGGUAACACUCAGGCAAGGAGAAAAAAAGCAUUAUAACCACAAAGUCGAUGCGUACAGCUUUGCAAUUGUAUUGUGGGAGCUCAUACACAACAAGUUACCAUUCGAAGGCAUGUCAAACCUACAGGCUGCCUAUGCAGCCGCUUUCAAGAAUGUGAGACCGAGUGCUGAUGACCUUCCUGAAGAUUUGGCUCGAAUUGUGACAUCCUGUUGGCAAGAGGAUCCAAACGCGCGGCCAAAUUUUACUCAAAUUAUACAAAUGCUUCUGCAUUACCUAUCAACUAACGCACCCGCGGCCCCCACAGCUAUCCCACCUCGGAUUUUCACUACCCAAAAUGCUGUUUUUUUACCACCGUCUCCUGGUACAAGCACGUUGAUUGAAGACAGAAAUGAAACGCCGAAAACACCCAUGGAAAAUAGGCCCAGAGGUCUGUUCUCUUGCUUUUAUCAGUGCUGUGGAUGAAAGUAGCAAGAACUGGAGGUCAAUAUGGGAAUUUAGGAUGUGCUUUUUUGUUAGAUCUUAUUCGAGAAAUAUGAAUAUUUACUCAUAUGAAUUUGAAUUUGAUUAAAAAUGUAGAAUAGAAAAGGGGUAGGGUUGAUGUGAUGUAGUUGUAAAAAAAAUGAGGUUGCAUCCAAAGCCUCUUUUACUGGCCCCUAAGUUAUAAUGUACCAACCUUUUUUUUCUUUCCUUUUCUUUUGAAAAACCACAUUAAUAAUUGUUUUAACUUG